UUUGAUGGCCUCCUCCUCACCGCCCUUUUGCUGCCAAAUGAGGAGGGGGAUAAUUCAAUCGAUAAUUUUUUAAUUCACACAUCACAUGCACACUGACGCCAACAAGACAACACAAUGUACCAACCACUAGGAAAGGUUGGUUUGCCAUAAUACAGGACCUUUAAAAAGCUGUGCCUCUGGCUGAAUAGGAGGAAGCGACUCCGACUUCCCCAGGAAACGAGAAGAGGAAACUCCGUGGCUUGGACCUCUGGACCCUCCUGGAGCCGCGGGACGACUCAUUCAGUGUAGAGCGUUGGGGAAGGGUCGAAGUCAGACGGGCAGUUUCAGCCACGGUGGACACCACGGCUUGGCUACAUUUGGAGAACAUGAAGCUUCUUCUCAAGGCUGUGAGUGUCUCCCUCCUGUGUGUGCUAGCGUCGCCAGAAACUCUCGACCCAGCUGGGAGGAACGUCUGCCACAACCCCAGGAACCCUUCCACUCUGGUCUGCUGCACUGGAUGGCGACAAAAGGGGCGUGAAUGCACAACAGCGGUGUGUGAGGGCGAGCAGGCCUGUCAGCAGGAGGAGCUCUGCGUCUACCCCGGAGUCUGCCGCUGUCCACCAGGCUUCUAUGGAGCUCAGUGUAAAACACGUUGUCCUCCAGAGUUUUGGGCCUCAGACUGUCGACAACAAUGUCCCUGCUACCCUCACGGCAGCUGCGACCCGGCCACAGGAGAGUGCACCUGCAACUCCAAUCGCUGGGGUCCCCGCUGCCAGUUCUCCUGCAGGUGCGCUCGCCACGGACACUGCCACCCCCUGAACGGGAAUUGCACCUGCGACACGGGAUGGUGGGGGCCGACCUGCGCCAAGCCUUGCGGGUGUGCCGCCGGUGGCUCAGUGGGUCCGGGCUGCGACCAGAAGACCGGGCGGUGUCAGUGUCACAGGGGUCACUGGGGCCAAAAAUGUCUUGUCUCGUGCAACUGUCACCUGUCCGAGUGCAACCAACGGACAGGCGCCUGUGAGUGUGCAGCGGGUUGGUGGGGGCCCAGCUGCAACUGGAGGUGCAACUGUGACCUCAGGCACGGCGACUGUGAUCCGGCCACGGGGGUCUGCGUGUGUCAUCCAGGCUUUAAUGGGACUUACUGCAACAAGCCCUGUAUUGCUGGGAAAUAUGGCAGCGGCUGUAAAAUGAGCUGCGGUCACUGCCGGUCCAACCAGACAUGCUCGCGCUCUGAGGGCGUUUGUGCGGCCUGUGCCCCCGGCUGGAGGGGCCCUCGGUGCGACCAGAGGUGCUUGGCUGGAUACUACGGUGACAGGUGCCGCGAGACAUGUCUGCGGUGCUGGAACAACGAGACGUGUCACCAUGAGACAGGGGAGUGUAGGAGGUGUGAGCCUGGCUGGACUGGGCCCAGGUGUGAGGCGGCCUGCGUUAACAGGACGUACGGAGACGCCUGCAGCUUCCUCUGCGGACCCUGUUUCCAUGGCAACUGUCAUCAUGUGACAGGAAAAUGCAUCUGUGAGCCUGGGUUUCAAGGAGAAAGUUGCAACAGCAGCUGCUCUGCGCUGCAGUUUGGACUCAACUGUUCGUCCGUCUGUGACUGCGCUGAAGGGGUCGGCUGCCACCCCGUCACCGGCUCCUGUCACAGCGGGGGUCGGGGAGCACUGCUCGCUGGUCUGCUGGUUCCUUUGUUGCUGUUACUCGUCGGCGUCUGUUGCUGCUGCCUGUGUUGUGGAGGACGUCCAGCUGAAGGGAAAGACAGUACUUCUGCGACUGACGCAGGAGUUUUCGUCAGGAUGAAGUACCAUGUCUACAGCGUGGUAGCCAACGUCAGCGCGGCCCUGCCCUGUGUGUCCAGCUGGUCCACUGGGCUCCCUCGUGUCACAGUAUCUCAUCAUGACCCGGAGCUGACCUUCAACCACAGCUUCAUUGAGCCUCCCUCCUCGGGUUGGGUGACGGAGGGCUCGUCCUUCGACAGUGAUGAAGAGGAGGGGGAGGCGCUCUACUGCGUCCCUCCACGAGAAGACUUUGCGCCAACAGCCGACUUCCAGGAAGUGAGCUCCAAGUGCAACAUGCUCUUGGACCCGUCCAGCUUCAGUGCCGAGGACAUGGCGUCCCCCUUCAACAUCCCUCGCACCUCCAGCAUCGCCAAGGCCAAGCGGCCGUCCGUGUCCUUUGCUGAGGGAACACGGUUCAGCCCUAAAGAAAGACGUGGAUCCGCUCAGGACCUGAACGCUUCGACUGCACACAACCGUAAACCCAAGACUCCAUGGGGGGUUCUCAUGAUGUCCUCCCUCCAAAGUCAAGGAGAGCAGUCUGUAUCUGGAGAGGCGCCUGAGGGACUUGAGCGAGGAGAGGAAGUUGUACAGGGAGCAGACAAACAGGAUGUAGAGUUAACUGACCAGGAAGUCGAUGAAGACUCACAAGCCCCUCAAACAACAGCUCCUGACUUCCCAGCAGAGGUUCCUAAUAAAGUGACCACGGUCUACGUGACGGUGGGCCGGGCAGCGAGACCUGCAUCCAAAGUAGACUCCAGCUCUGAGGGUCCAGUUCAGGCCAUGCUGCGUCGACUGGGAAGCCUCCAGAGAAGAAGGGAUCAGGAUCAGGGGCUGAAAACUAAAGGCACUGGAGGAAUGGUGAAACCCCCCAGGAGAAAACUUGGUAGUCGUGCCAGCAUGUGGGAGCAGGGGGGUCCACUGAGGCGGGAUGGGAGCGUUUGUAAACCCGUCAGGAGGAAACAAGGCCCGGUCAGCACAGACGGCGGCGCCACGAAAAGGCCUCUGUCAUCCAUUUUAAAAAGAGUAUCUGAGGUGUCAGCCGCUGAUCCAGGACAAUCGGGCGGUGUGGACCCCUCAGAGAGCGGGUACCUGACUGUGGGAGCACCAGCGGUGGCUCUCUCAGAGGUCAGCACGGGAGCGGAGGUGGGUGAGCGUGAUGAACCCUGUUAUGAAAACAUCCUGGUCCCACAAUCCUGAGCUCAGACACAGACUUUAUACACGUGUUUUGUUAUGAUGUUUUAUUGCAAGCGGUCAUCAAAAGAUCGAGGCAUGCGGUGCAAAAUUCAGUGUUGACAGAAAUCUCUCUGAUCGAACAUUGCAGUUUUAAAUCGGCUGCCAGAGCAAAGUGAAAUAAAGGAAACAGUCAGCGAGUCGGAGCUUGGAAAGUGGCGUCUACAGGUAUAUUUGUCAUGUUUCCCACAAUAGAAGAAAUGCAGUGCAGAUGAUACGCCCCAUUCACACGGCAACAUUGCCAUUAACGUAUUAAAGCAGAAAAUGUGAGUGGAUGGGCAGUCGGGUCGGCGCUGGCUCGUCUGGGCUCAGCUCCCAUCAGUGCAGCCCAGCCAGUAUUUGCCGAUGGAUCUGGGGUACGGAGGCACCCCGGGCUCCACCCUCUUGCUGCUGAGGUCCACUCUGUAGUAGUUAGCUGAAAAACAAAGACGAAUGAAUGAAUCAAUAAGGGGUUGUAUAGAGUCAGAUUCUUUGAUCUGCUUCAGUCUGACUGAUAGUACUGAGUAAAAUGAAGAGAUUUGCUGAGGCUUUUUUUCCGUCACUUUUGUGGGUUCAAGAAGAAAUGACAAUAUUAACUUGCUUUUUUUCCUCAUGAACAUGGGUGUUUGGAUAUUGAGUAUAAAUAUUGUAGAUAUCCACACAAUGGAGCUCGGUUUGACACUCUCAAUAUUCCCAUUCAAAUAGAAUCCUUUGUAAAGGUUUCAACAGUUUACUUGUGCCAAACAGUAAAAAAGGUGAUACAAAAAGAGGGCACUGAAGCAUCCAAACAACAACGUAGCGAAAGUCACCCCAUUCAACUGACAAAUGAAAACUGACCACACAAAUGAACAGAAACACCUGCAAACUGCAGGCCCUUCAA